ACGACGUAUAGCAUCACAGACCCCUCGUUAGAAGCGAGGUGACGUGUAUUGGCGACAGUGCGCCAGCCCUAGCCCGACCCGCCGAGCGACUGUUGUGAUUGAGUGACUAUUGAGCCGAGCAGAUAUACGAUGAAAAAGCUGGAUUUUAUGUCUGUACUAUUGCAUAUUAAUGGUAUUGUAUUGGCGCGAUGCCUUAAACCCCUCCUACUUCUCCAUGGCUAGCACGUGAAAGCCGUUACUAUAAAUUUAUUGUAUGCGAGUCCCCUCCGCUGUUUGAUCUCUCCACAUUGCAGACUUUUUGCCUCGUUAAUACGCUGAAUCGCUGGCUCCGGCGGUACUGCUCCCCCCAAACAAGUUUGAUGACCGUGGUCCGAGGGACGGCCUACCAGAGGGGGAUGUGAUCAUAAUAUAGCGACCGCUCUCCACUGUAUACCAGUAACUACACGAUCGUCCUGUGAGUCGGACUUACCUGCCGGAGAUAGCGGAGAUAUAAACCCGGUUUGAUAGAUCUUAAUAGCAUUACUACAUGUACAUAACAAACCGUGUGACUGAACACACUUCUCUAGCAAUAUAGAAUUUAAAACGAACGGUGUGCCCGCCAGUAAAGGUCCGCGUCUAGACUACGUGUCUCUCAUAGCCUUUUCUGUGUAUACCUGGACGAGAAAAAGGCAUUUUACGUGAAAACAACUUAUACAUGUAGAUAGAUAUAUAUAAGAAAAUAUGUUGAGAUGAAUUCAUAACAGUAGUGUGUUUACCGAAGAGGACACCCGACCGAUUGCUGAUAAGAAACCCAAUGUGGUAUGGGCAAAGGGACAUUGCCAGUAUUGACGGAAACUAAUGUGACCACACUAUGACCUGAUUGUCACCUGAUCGAGUGAUGAAGUUGAGAGCGUGCGCGCGCGCCGCCCUGCGGUGUAUUGUGUACCUGGGAUGUAUAAUCGGACGGACGGGAGCGGACCGCGAACAUUGGAACAGCUUACAAGAAAACGAUGUGUUUUCGCCGGACGAUAAUUCCGGAAACUCUAUAAAAUUCCAUAAUAAAGAGCGACCAGUACCAUCGGAUGAGUUACCCGUGCUACAGCUGGUGGAGAACCCCGAUAAUUCCUUCAACCCCACAGAAAGGGACACCGAUUAUCGGCAGUUACGGAGAUUACUAGGACAUCAUUUCGAUAAAAAAUUCAUGUCGACAGUGAGACCUUUAGAAAGUGUUAUACGUCCAAACGGAACGUUGGAUUUUAAACUUAAAAAGGGUCGACCGAAGGAACGGAGACCUAAUUACAUCAAGUUUUUCGGCACGCCAGUGUUUACAGGUGUUGGUAGUCAGACUUCGAAACUGCGCGUGAGCAGGCGGACUAGGAAGAAAAUCCAGAAGUAUCUGUGGAGUUUUACUCACUGCCCCGUGUUUCACACAUGGAAAGACUUGGGGGUGCGGUUCUGGCCGCGCUGGAUAAAGGAGGGACAGUGUUACAAGCGAAAGUCGUGUUCCAUACCUCCGGGGAUGACUUGUCGCCCCAGCGGAUCCACCUCAAAGACGAUCCUCCGGUGGCACUGUAGAGACUGGCAAAAGAACGCCGUGUGCCGAUGGAUACACAUAAACUACCCCAUCAUCACGCGAUGUUCUUGCGCGUGCUGACAUGUGAAACGGGAUAUUUACUUCUCAAUGAAGUUAUUUAUAUCGACGAUAUUUAUUUUCUCGUUUAUGGGUUCAUGUUCAAAAUGGACGUGGAUUUAUACUGCUGUACAAUACUAGUGAUACACAAUGUUUAAUUUAUUCUUAAUGUGCGCGACUGCCUCUAAAUGGCCGAUACAAGGCUGGUGUCGGCUGCUUCGUGCAAUGGACGUGCGCUCUUCGGAGUGACUUGACGUAUUCCUUAUAUGUCAAUGCACGAUCGUUGUUGACACCAGCACAUCUUCAUGUGUUGAUAAACUAUGGUUCUGUAAUUUUUACGACUAUCUCGUGGUCCUGAUGUCUCGAACAUCAUCGGAACACUAAUGUUAUCAUGUUUUGUUAUUAAUGAAUUUAGUCACC